AUGUCCCGAGACGAUGAAGAAGCCUCAUACAUUGACUAUGAAGCCUUUCUCGACCCAGACUUUUCGCCAACGUCGUUUGCGAACACGCUUGUUCUCGCAACCAACAACGCGUCCGACAGCCCACUAGACCUCUCCACCCCAUUGUCGCGCGUUCUCUUUGACGUGCAAGAGGUAGACACACAUAUCGACACGCUAACUACAAAGUCUGCACUACCGCUGCUCCAACACACCAAAGACGAUGCCGAAGCAAGCGGGCGCAUAUUGCACCAAGUCCAAGGCCAGGUUGCAAGUCUAACGGAAUCGUACAAGACGCUGGAGAAGGAAGUGAUUGAGCGAUACGACGUGGCCGACCAAGUCCGCCUGACGGCCGAGCGAUUGUGUGAGACUGUCAAGGUUGGGAGGGCCGUGGCGCGAUGCCUCAUGCUGGGCAGACAACUGGAGGUGCGCAUGUCUGAGUUGGGAGGCGUCGGCAGUGCAAAGAGGGAAGAUCACAGGGCAAUGGUGCGCUCGGCAGACACAAUACUAUCGCUGCGCCACAUACUCGCCGCCUCGAAGCCGGGCCAAGAAGGAGAGGGCCUAGAUAGGGUCAAUGUCGUCAAUACACUCAGGACCGAACUUGUCAAUCCGGGCGAGAGGAGCAUAGCAUCACGCGCACAGCAGGUCGUCAAGGAGUUUUCCAUGUCAUCUUUACUCUCCUCGGCCCAAACCUCGGCAGCCACCUUUGCACAGACCGAAGACACCAAGGCGAGAACAACGUCUGCCCUGUUGACCCUCUACCUGCUAUCGCCCAUUCCUACAAACCCCGUCACUGACACAUUUGACCCAACACUCAUGCUCAAUACCCUACAAGAUUACCUUCAGACGCAGCUCAAGUCAUCACUAGCCUCACUCGCCCGAGCCCUGGGUCAGCUUCCUACACUCGACCGCACACUCCUGGAAAUUUCAGCCCGGUGUCAGAAUAUCAUAGCUUUACAGUCCCUGCUUGAAAGUACAAAACCACCACCCCAUCCGCUUCUCGCCUCUAACCCCCAAAUUCAAACCCCCUCAAACUUCCUCAAUCCUUUAUUACAAGCUCUCGACACCUCAUCGCUUCCCAGCUAUUUCUGGAGAACACUUGCCUCCAAUAUGACGCCUAGGGUCCAGGAACUCAUGAAUAGAGGUGGUGUGUCAGCAAGGACGCUUCGAAGUAAUAAGGAUAGGGUCAAAGACAUGGUCAGGGAAUGUGUGAACAGGGGGAGUCAGCUACCCGGCGCUUCGUCAACCAAGUCCAUUACCGUUACUUGGGAGAGAGAGGCUGCGGUCAUGAUAGGUAGUAUAGUAGGGCAAAUAAAAUGA